AAAAAAAUGUAAUAUACAAAACUCAAAUCGUUGACCAGUCUUAUUCACAAAGCCGACUAUCUGUAAUCCACGUAUCCAAACAAACCCCAAACAAACCGACUACUACUGUUUAUUUAAAUAUAUAGAUUAUAGAUACAGAUCAAUCGUCUCUAUAAUUCAUCUUCUCGAAUCGACAAAUUGGAAGAAUUCCACCAAAUCAACAAUUCGAUUUGACUGCCAUUUUCUCAACAGUAAGCACCGAUCAAUUCUGGAAGUAGCAAAAAAUAAAAAAAAGGGGGGGAAUUUUGAGGAUUAGGGUUUGGUAAAAAAUGGCGCAGCCGAGUAAAGAACCAUGUAAGAAACAAGCUUGCGAUAUUCAGUCCUGCCUCUCCAAGAACAAUUUCCUUCCCCAAAAGUGCAUCAAAGUCAUUCAGUUGCUACAGUUUUGCUGUGAACAGUGUGAAUAUAAGUCGACACAUUGCGGUUCGGUUUCCGGUCUUCUCAAACAGAUAAACAAGUAAAACCAGACAAGUUAUUGUUCUUCAAUUUUGUCAAAAAUGUGUAGCCAAACGGGCCUUAAUGAUUCAGUGUACAAAUCGAGAAAAUGUUAUGAAUUUUUUUAAUCGACACAAUGUGGAAUUCAUGUAUGUAUAUUUCGAUGAAGAUAAGAAGAUUAGUACACAAAAAUAAUAAUCCCAGGUGGAAAAAAAUCUACUUCUCUGUUGAUACCAUCUUUGUAUUACAUAAGGGGUAAAAAGGGAAAAUCC